AUGACCGACGUAGAGAGAAUGGUGUUGCGACCAAAUCACGAAGGCGAGCAAUGUCCAGUGUGUGGGGACAGAGUAUCCGGAUAUCAUUAUGGCCUUUUAACAUGUGAAAGUUGCAAGGGCUUCUUCAAACGCACAGUCCAAAACAAAAAGCAAUAUCAAUGCUCAGCAGAUGCCAACUGUCAUGUAGAUCGGACGUGCCGGAAACGAUGCCCAAGUUGUCGGUUUCAGAAAUGUUUAACGAUGGGAAUGAAAAUGGAAGCGGUACGUGCCGAUAGGAUGAGAGGUGGAAGAAACAAGUUUGGCUCGUUUUACAAAAGGGACCGAGCACAUCGGUUACAGAGGAAUGCAAUGAGAGUUACAGUAAUACCAUCAUCUGGUGUCACAUCACAACCACAAACAUUUUACACACCCGCAGAUCAUCAAGUUUCGAGCAGUACAACUGACCAAAAUACGCACAUUCAUUAUUAUGAUCAAACAAAAGUAAAAACUGAAUUCAUCAAGACAGAAUAUGACGCACAUCUUCAAAGCCCAACAUUAUCUAGCAGCACUAACCAACAAAUUUCCGAUUUCAUUAUGCGCCCAGGAUAUUUGGUAGAUCAUCAAGAUAGCAUUGCAGCACUUCUCAACACCACAAAUGAGGAUCAUCUCAUUCGCUUCCCAACCACAUACCCACUCGCCGAGGUGAAGCAAGAGCCAUUCGACUACAGUGAGCAUCACUUUGUACAUCAUCCACUUCUGGAGUACCAAGGAUACACAUCCACUGCCAACUACGCUCCAAUGAUGCCAAUUCCAACAGUUACCACCGCUCAAUCAGUAGUGACAUCCACUUCUUCCAGCACCACCGGAAGAGUUUCCGAGCCAACCAGAACAUCGCCAGUUCUUCCACUGUGCCCAGCACCAACUGAGAAGACAGUAGAUCACUUUUACAACAGCAACAUGGCUGAGAUGUGCAAGACCCUUCCAGAUGAUUCUCAAAUUAUCAGAAUAUUCAAUGCCGCUAAGGGAAUGAAGGGAGAAGCGCACUCUUUUGCAGUUACCGUAGCCGACGAGAACUUGAAAGUGAUUGUCGAUUGGGCAAAGAACAACCAAUUGUUCGGCAAGCUCCAGUUGGAUGAUCAAAUGAAUCUUCUGCAAACAUCAUGGUCCACUGUACAUCUUGUCGAUAUCACCAAUGCGAUGAUUCACGGAAACCUCAGUCCAACAUACAAAAUCACGACUGGAGAAGAUGUUUCUGUUGGAGCCGUCGCUCUUCUUGGAUACCGACUCUAUGUGAACACCUGGAACGAUAUUGUAAACCGAUUGAGAAACAUGGGAUUCACCAAAUUCGACUACUGCGCUUUCCGCUUCUUGGCUCUCUUCGACCAAUCCAUGGAUCACUUCCAAGCCGUGUCUGCUGCCAGAUCCCGAGUCCUUCAAGCCUGGGCUGAAGUGCGAUGCUCAUUUGUCUCUGGAUUCAUGAGUAUUUUUGAGGAAAUCAGACGACUAUCCCACGAUGCCGUUCGAUAUCUAUGGAGCCUUCAAUCCAACUUCCCAGAGCUUUGGGCUAGCUUGAGGCCGGAUACAUCUCUUGUGCUGGAAAUGAUCAAGACAUCUGCCACCCGUCCUACUGAUGUCACAUCAACCGUUCCACACAUUUCAGUACCUCUGCAACAAACCACAUACGCUCCUGUAGUAUAUAUGACAUCUUAA